AGAGUAUAAUUUGACUAAUAAAUAUUAAAUAAUAGUCAUUCAUGUUUUAUACUAUACUCAUCUGGCUUCGACGCUUUGUGCUUCGUAGUUCGUUAUUUACUUUUGAAUUAACGUUAAGUUGAAAUUUCCAAUUAUUUGAUCCAUAUCUUUACGUUUGUCAAUUCGCUCAUUUUAUUAUUGUCUUAGUAGGUAUACACGCGUUCGAUACAAGUUAUCAAUAUCGCUUGAUAGUUUUUAAAUUGUAUUCACGAUUUCAACAUGACCACGUUAUUAGAACUUUGCCGUAAAUAUUUCAACACCGACAAUCUAUACGAGGUGUUGAAUACGAGAAAGGAUGCUACAGAUAAAGAAGUUCGUAAAGCGUAUUAUGUAUUGUCAAUGAAAUACCAUCCUGACAAAGUAACAGAAAACGAAAAAACUGAAGCUACUGAAAAAUUUAAAGUUAUCAGUCGAAUUCAUGCACUGCUAAAUGAUGCUGACAAGAGAAAGCUUUAUGAUGACACUGGAUGUGUUGGUGAUGAUAUUGAUCCCAACUCUGCUACAGAAGAUUUCCCUUGGGAAACCUAUUGGAGUUCAAUUUUUAGAAAAAUUACUGACAACGAAAUCAGGGAUUAUGAAUUAAAGUAUAAAGGUUCAGAUGAUGAAAAAAGAGAUCUUAAAAAAGGAUAUUUAGCAGGGAAAGGAGAUAUGGAAUUUAUUAUAAACAUGGUUCCAUUUAGUUCUGUGUAUGAGGAAGAUCGUCUUCGUGAGGUUUUAGGAAAAAUCAUUGAAGAAGAAGAUUUACCAAGAUUUAAAGCAUUUAGCAAUGAACCUCCUUCGAAAAAAAGAAAAAGAUUAGCAAAAGCUAAAAGAGAAGAAGCCCAGUGCACAAUAGAUGUACAAAAUGAGAAAAAAAAUAAUUCUAAUGAUUUAAUGUUGGCUAUUAAAAAGCGAUCUGCUGAACGUGAACAACAAAUGGAUAAUUUUUUUGCUAGAAUGGAGGCUAAAUAUUGUACACCCAAAAAAACAAAAAAAAAUUCUAAAAAGACUUAACAUUAUUAAAAAUUAUCUUUUUGAUUA